AUGUCUGUAGAGAAAGAUAUCGAGAACAAAAUUAACAUAAUGCUCACGGAAAUCACAGAGAAAGGCAACUCUUGCAAACUCAAAGCAGUCAUUGAUAAAUUUUCUUGCAAUGAAGAAUAUUUGGAUGUAAUAGGAAUUAAACAAUUAAAAGAACUUGAUUAUUAUCAAAUUGACACUUCUAAAUUAUGCAAACAUUGGAAGUACAUUGGUAAAACUAAAAAAGACGUUCAAACCGGUCAAAAAGUUCAACAAAAAACCCUUAAUGAUUAUAUUCGUAAAAUUAAAAUUGAUAAGGGAAAUGAGUGCAUCAUAUCAUAUCAAAAAUUAGAAUAUGAGAUUCAAUCCGAACGCAUUUCAAAUGCUUUUGGUUUCUUGGGAAACGAAGCUAUCGAACAUUGCUUAAAUCAAUACAAAUAUUGCACUGAAUUGAUCGACGAAUUUGAACAGUUUAACAAGCAGUAUGACGGCCACUUGAAUGAAGAAUCCAUCUGCCAAUAUCUCAGCGAAGGAGAUGAGAAAACUCAAUUUGGAAUCAAGACAUUUAUUGAUGACUUUUUUGGAGAAUCUUGCACCAAAUACGGACCAAUUUUCUAUGAAAUUUUGUUUAAAUUCGGACCAAAAGACAAAAUUAAAGAAAACUUCACCAAGUUAAUAAAGCCAGACAAAUACGAAUUGUAUAAUUGGAUCCAGUUUGGCAAAAGUCUCACCGGAGAAUAUAAAUGCCCUGUUGUUAGACCAAGCAGCAGCAAUCCUUUUGCUUUCAAAGUUGAUACAGGUGAUGGAAGAAUAUUAACUAUUACAAGGGAUUUCAAUGAUAAACCAAAUUCUUAUGUUCUUAAUGAUAAUGAAAAAGUUAUUGAGGGAACAGGCUUUCGUGAUGUUCUUGAAAAAGCAGGGCUUGUAUUACAUGAUAUCGAUGUUGGCAAAGAAAUUGAAAAAAAUUUUUCAGAUUUCUUUGCAACUUAUAAUACAAAUGAUUUUUAA